CUUAAAAACCAAGGACAAACUAGUAAAAUUAUCAUGAUCCAUAUCCACCUACCUAGCCAAUGCAUCAAGCAUGUCUUUAAAUACUUUAAAUAAAUUGAACUCCACCAUUGAUAACCACAUUUUAGAUCCAAAAAAAACAUGGCCUGUGCUUUGCUUGUAGUUGUACUCAUGGCUCUAGCCAUAUGUCAAGGUUCAGCACAAGGUUCAGGACCUUCACAGCAGCCUAGUGCAGCAGCCAAAGAGUACCUGGAUGGACACAACCAAGCAAGAGCAGAAGUUGGGGUUGGUCCUCUGAGUUGGAGCGAGCAGCUAGCCAAUGCCACAAGCAGACUUGUGAGGUACCAAAGGAACAAAAUGGGUUGCAAAUUUGCAAACUUGAGCAGCAGCAAGUACGGUGCAAACCAGAUGUGGGCUAGUGGUCAAGCCGUGACACCGCGCAUGGUGGUUGAUACAUGGGUGGGAGAGAAGAAGUACUAUAAUCACACUGACAACUCUUGCUUGCCGGAUCACAGGUGUGGUGUUUACACUCAAGUGGUGUGGAAGAAUUCUUUGCAGUUGGGUUGUGCUCAAGCUUCGUGUGCAGACUCCUCUAGUUUAACCAUUUGUUUCUAUGAUCCUCCUGGGAAUAUAAUAGGGGAGAGCCCUUAUUAGAGUAUUUAGACCCUUUUUUUCUUCUUCUUGUUCUUGUUCUUUUGUGUAACCUCUAGCUAUGUCAAAUAAAUCUUUGAUCUGUUAGCACUGAUAACAAUUGCUCAAAAAAUCUUUCUUCACUGUUUUUGUUUGGAUUGUGAUUUAAGUAGAAUGAAAUCGCUGAAAUGUUGUUUAUUCA